AUGGUUUUCGGCAGGGACUAUUUCAAACACGUGGAAGAAACUGAAGAUAGUUUUGAUGUUGACCUCUCUGAAUUCUUGCUGGGAACUAGACUGAAGGCAUUUGACUGGAUUGUCAAUCAGGAUCCAAUGCAGUUGGAGUAUGAUUCUCCCAACUUGGUGCAGCGGUUUCUGCUGGUGCUUUUCUACUAUCAGACCACAAGGCACAAGCCGUGGAAACAGUGCAACCCAGUAGCAAUUCCCCAAAGGAGUGCAACAACCAAUUUUUGCUACAUGCCACACAUUAACACUGGCAAAGCAACAUUAAAUAUAUGGGGUGAUCAGUGGCUCUCUUCCAGUCAUGAAUGCCAGUGGGCUGGAAUUAGCUGUGGUGAAACUGUGCAAUCAAAGGAGAGGACAGUGGCUGAGCUACGUCUUUAUUGGAAUGGUCUAAAUGGCCCUCUUCCCUGGGAGAUCACAAGAUUACCGCUGCUGAGAACUCUACGGCUAUACAACAGCAUGCUCACUGGAACACUGCCCCCAAGACUCUUUUCCAAAAAGGCAGGUGUUGCCCUGGAAACUCUUAAUUUGGCCUCGAAUCAGUUUUCUGGCAUCUUUCCAGCGGCAUGGGUUGCAAAUCUUCUUGAAGGAAAUGGAAUCCUUACCUCUCUAUAUCUGCAUGGAAACUCACUGACCGGGGAAAUUCCAUCAGAGUUGGGUCUACUCUCUUUGAAAGUCCUCUCACUAGCAACCAACACUCUGACAGGUACGAUGCCACUAGCACUAUUCGACCGAACUUCCCUUACAUCACUUCAAUUGGGAAAAAAUGACCUCACUGGGACACUGCCAAGCGAAGUUGGACUGCUCACUGAUUUGAAAUACCUGAACUUGAAUUACACACAGAUUUCUGGUUCCUUGCCCUCAGAGAUUGGCCUGUCAAACCAGCUUGUUGAUCUCAUUCUCUCCAACACCAACAUGCAAGGGACAAUCCCUGAAGAACUCUUCACAGGAGGACUUACAGAUCUUUGGUAUUUGUGCAUGGAUGGGUGCAACUUUGCUGGGACCAUCAGCCCGUCACUUGGCCUUUUGACAAACCUUGAAAGGCUGCAAGUCUCGAACAACCACUUCCAUGGCACUAUUCCCAAUGAGAUUGAGGAACUGACACUACUAAAGGAAUUGCUGGUGAAUGGGAAUGAUUUAUCUGGCACAGUUCCAGUCUCUUUUUGCCAGACUCGUUAUGCUGGGGAAAGAGCUUCCAAAGUUGUGGCUGACUGUCUGCCCAAUCCAGAAACCGGAGUUCCUGCCAUCCAGUGUGCUUCUGGUUGCUGCACCAGUUGUUGCGACAACACUGGAGUUUGCCUUUUCACUUGAUUACUCUCAAGAUCAAAGGUCAUCAAAUUCAUUUUCUUGUUUAGAUCUGUAGCAUGUAUGUGCUGCGUUCUAUCCACAUAUCAAGUGUGAGGCACAGGUUUUGUAUGGGCAUGCAGGCUAUGGUACCAUAAAGUUUUAGAAUUUCGAGCGCCAUGGAGAAAGGUUGCCUCAUGGUUGCAUUGCUGUCUCUGUGAUGUCUUCAUAUGGGCCCUGUGCUGGUGCUCAGACAACUAAUCAAGCCAUGCGGUUACAUGAGGUUGAUUCGAUAGAAGAUCCACCCAGUUUGAUCCCAGUCUCAGUCUAAAGAGACCAGUUGAUACGAGCUGUGCUUCGCCUGUUGCUUCACUGCACUUUUACGAUGAAAAGCUAUUAGUCCCGCAUCUCCCGAAUAUUGUCAUUGAUAUUUUCAUUGUGUGUUGA